CAGACAGCAGACAGCCAGCAGUGAUCAGAGCACCUCCAGGCUUGCAGAUGUGGAAGGAGCGCGGUGCAAGUUCUAGUCCUGGGUGUCUGGCCCAGUGAUUCUGGACCAGGAGGAAGCAGUGGAAAGGAGGGCCAUGGCGCUGAGCCUGGGCCAGGAUGUAGUCUGGCUCUUGCCUUUCCUGUUCUUGCUACUGAUGAUCACGGUGUCACCCGCCCAGGGUCAAGGAUGUCCCCAGCGUUGUGACUGCAUCGCAAAACUCAAGACUGUGUCCUGUUACGGUAAACGCCUGUCCGCGCUGCCAGACGGCAUCCCGCUGGACACCAAGAUCCUGGACCUCAGUGGGAAUAAACUUCGCUGGGUAGAGCACGGCGACCUGCUUCCGUAUUCACGUCUCGAAAAGCUGGACCUGAGUGAAAACAUGAUCAGUGUCCUGGAACCCAAUUCUUUUUCUAGUCUCCAGAACCUGCAGUCGCUGUCGCUGAGGGGUAACCAGUUGAAACUGGUCCCAAUGGGGGCUUUCUCACGUCUCUCCAACCUAACGUCACUGGACCUCAGUGGGAAUAAGAUUGUUAUUCUUUUGGACUUUACUUUCCAAGACCUGAAAAGUCUGAAAAACCUGGAAGUUGGAGACAAUGAUUUAGUUUAUAUUUCCAACAAGGCCUUUCUGGGUCUGGUGGGGCUGAGGGAGCUGACCAUUGAGAGGUGCAACCUGACCUCUGUGUCCAGCCAGUCUUUGUCUUACCUGCACAACCUGGUGGCUCUGCGGCUCCGCUACCUCAGUAUCUCCACCUUAGAGGACCAGAACUUCCGUAAGCUGGGAAACCUGAGGGGCCUCGAGAUCGACCACUGGCCCUUUCUGGAGCACAUUUCCCCUCACAGCCUGCAGGGGCUUAACUUAUCGUGGCUGUCUAUCACUCACACUAACAUCACCUCUGUGCCCACCUCUGCCCUCCGCAGUCUGCCUCACCUCACCAGCCUCAACCUCUCCUACAACCCCAUCUCCGUGUUGGAGUCCUGGGCGCUUCGGGACCUCAUCAGGCUGAAGGAGCUGCAUCUGGUCAACACAAAUCUGGUGGUAGUUCAGCCGUACGCGCUGGGUGGUCUGAGGCAAAUCCGCCUUCUUAACCUCUCCACUAACGGCCUGGUGUCCCUGGAAGAGGGGGCCUUUCAGUCCGUCAACACUCUGGAGACUCUGCGUUUGGAUGGGAACCCUCUGGCCUGCGACUGCCGCUUGCUUUGGAUCCUCCAGCGCCGGAAGACCCUCAAUUUCGACAGCGCCUCCCCGAUGUGCAUGACGCCCGUGGAGGUGCAGGGACGGGCCCUCAACGCUUUCUCCGACUCGGCUCUCUUUGAUCACUUUACCUGCCAGAAGCCCAAAAUCCGCAACAGGAAACUGCAGCAGGUCACGGCCCGCGAGGGGCAGGUCGUGUCGUUCAUUUGCAGAGCAGAAGGCGAGCCGACGCCAUCGAUAUUCUGGAUCUCGCCUCAGCGCCGCCGCAUCACCACAAAGAGCAGCGGCCGCCUGACUGUGUUACCAGAGGGCACGUUAGAAAUACGGUACGCCCAGGUAACAGACAGUGGAACCUACAUCUGCAUAGCCAGCAACGCCGGUGGGAAUGACACCUAUUUCGCCACACUGACAGUUAGUGGGCUGCCACUCGAUGCGGCCCUCAUGGCCAACCGCACGUACUAUGCCGGGGACCUCAAUGACACAAAUCUGAAUGACACCAGAGUCUUCUUGAAGUUCACUCUGGACCUCAAGACCAUCCUCAUAUCCACAGCUAUGGGCUGUAUCAUGUUCCUGGGGGUGGUUCUCUUCUGUUUCAUUCUGCUGUUUGUGUGGAGUCGAGGGAGAGGGCAGCACAAGAACAAUUUCUCAGUGGAGUAUUCCUUCAGGAAGGUGGAUGGCCCCGCUGCCAGUGGAGGACAGGGUGGGGCACGCAAGUUCAACAUGAAAAUGAUUUGAUUUUAUGGGGGAUCUGUUUCUCUCACUAGCAUUCUUAACCUGAUACUGUUUACAAGCUCAAGGGACAGGACGCUGAGGUGGACCUUUGUGCUUGCAAAACAUGAAAGGCAGUUAUUUAUAGGACAU